AUGAGAUCAGAACUAUGUACACCAACAAAACGAAAAUAUUUUUCGGUUCGAAAUUAUUUUGUUCAAUAUCCUAAUGUUUUAACACGAAGUAGUCUAAAUUCAUCAUCGUUAUCAAAAAUAUUCUUAAACAAACAAAUUGAAAAUGAAAAUAGUAUGUUCUUACACUGGCAUUGUAAUUAUGGUGUAUUAGUUUACUCAUUUGGUGAAAAUUUUUACUGUUUUUGUUCGCCAGCUUAUUAUGGUGAUCGUUGCCAAUAUCAAAAUGAUUUCAUCGGUUUAAUUUUGACUGUUCGACGAAAAUCAAUACGUGAUCAUUUAUUUUUAUUUCGUAUAAUGAUUAUUUUGCUUGAUCAGAACAUGACUUCAAUAUAUCGAGAACAAAUUUUGUAUGUAUCUGAUUGUGAAAAACGAUAUCAAAUCUAUUUACUUUAUCGAAAUCGAUUGAAACUGAACUAUCAAAAUUAUUCAGUUCGCCUUGAUAUUUAUUCAAUUCAUCGUUUUGAUAAUACAAUUCAUUUUCGAACAAGUUUCUAUUAUACAAUCCCAUUUACAUUUUUACCUGUAAAUCGACUUCUUAUAAGUUUAAAUAUAUCAGACGAACAACCUCAGAUGACAUUUGGUGAUAAAUUUUCAUGUCAAAAUGGAAAAUAUUAUCAGUAUGAGAAUCUAAACAAGACUUACUGUCGAUGCAAUACCGGUUGGUUUGGCAAAUUCUGUCAUCUUCGCCAUGAAUGUAAUUGUUCUCCUCAGUCAAUAUGUGCUGAAUUGAGUUGUGUAUGUCCGUUAGGAAAAUUUGGGCCAUUAUGUUAUUUUCCUGAAAAACUAACGUGUAAAAAUAUCGUCUGUCAACAUGGUGGAACUUGUAUACCUCGUGAUCAACGAAUAUUGGAAAAAGAUUCACAAUGUGUUUGUACAGAAGAAUUUGAAGGUCAAUUUUGUGAAAAACGUCGCAUGCGUAUUAUCGUUAGUUUUGAUAAUGUACCGAUUCCAUCAUCUUUACUUGUUCACUACUUCAUUUCACGUGAAUCUCGAAAUCCAGAUCGUUUAACAUCAUUUAAACGAAUUUCUUUAUAUGAAAAUAUGGUUAUUUUAUAUCCGCCAAUGUUUUACAAUCUGGCUUUUGCGCAAUUUGAAAAUAAUUAUUAUCUCAUCUUUCUAAAUUCAAUUUCUACACGACAAGAUGUUAAGACAACAAUUAUUGGUUCCAAUAAGUGUCCAAACAUUGAAGAUAUAUUCGAUCAUCAAAUUUUUCAGUUUCAUCCAUUAAAACGCAUAAAAUAUUAUCAAUUAAUCUGUCAACAAAAUCAUCGUCUAAAAUGUUUCUUUGAUGAAACACAACUAUGUCUAUGUACUAAAGAUAAUUUAGCAGAUUGUUUUGAUUUCAAUCACAAUGGAAUAAGUUUAUGUGAUGAAAAUAAUGUUUGUCAAAAUAAUGGAAAAUGUUAUGUCAACGAUUUAAAAUGUCCAACAAAGUCUCUUUGUGUAUGUCAACAAUGUUAUCACGGUACAUUAUGCCAAUUUACUACAUCUGGCUCUGUUCUAUCAUUAGAUUCUAUUAUUGGUUAUCACAUACAAUCAUAUGUACAAUUUAGUAAACAAUAUUUCAUUAUUAAAUUAAGUACUGGAAUUACCAUAGUAAUGGCUACAACUGGUAUUCUGAGUAACGUUUUUGCAAUCAUGACAUUUUCACGAGAAAGAGUACUUGAGCUGGGCUGUGGUUUUUAUUUACUAUCGUCCUCGAUUGCAUCGCUUUCAACCAUGAUUAUUUUUGUCUAUAAAUUGUUGAGUUUGUUUGUCACACAAAUGGAAUUGAUAACCAAUGAUAGUUAUUUAAAUGUAAACUGUAAAAUGACGAAUUUUCUAUUAAAAUUUUUACCGACAACAGUCGAAUGGUUAAAUGCAUGCGUCGCAAGUGAACGAGCGCUGAGCAUUCUACUAGGUAUUCAUUUUAAUAAAAUAAAAAGCAAAUUUUGGUCGAAAUUUACAAUCGGUAUUGUUAUCUUAAUCAAUAUCACUAGUGCUUUACAUGAUCCAUUAAAUCGACGAUUACUUAAAGAUACUGAGGAGCAACGUAUAUGGUGUAUUGCAGAUUAUUCAUAUUCUUCUUGGUUGAACGUUUACAAUGCAGCUGUGAAUAUAAUUCAUUUUAUUGUUCCAUUUGUCAUUAAUUGCUUAUCGGCUUGUAUUAUUAUUACGGUAACAGCACGUAAUCGAUCUGUUAUUCGUACGAAUCAAACAUAUCGAGAACAUUUAACAGAACAGUUUCAACGACAUAAACAUUUACUUAUUAGCUCAUCUGUUCUUGUUAUUUUGGGUAUAUCAAGACUCAUCAUUUCCUACUUUUCAGGUUGCAUGAAAUCAGCUCGUAAUCCAUGGUUGUUCUUAGCAGCCUAUUUUAUUUCGUUUGUGCCACCAAUGUUAACAUUUCCUAUUUUCAUAAUACCAUCGAAAUCAUACCGAACUGAAUUUUACGCCUCAAUCAAAUAUCGUCAUACAACAAGUUGA